GAGAAUGGACAGCGUGUUUUUAUGAGGAAGGUUCCAGCAGCAGUCUUCCUCACCUGCUGUGGUGGCGGGCCAGGCUCGGGCGCCUGUGUAAUUUGGUUGCUCUAAUUGCUCUUUUCGGAUAUUUCAGCAGAGGAGUUCAGAGCGGGAGAGAGAGGGAGCAGUUCCGCGCUAAGCCACUAUGUAAUUUUAUCCAUGCCCUGUCUCUCACUUCACACAGGGCUGAUACCUUUUUCCUCCCCCUUUCCUUUGUAUCAAUUGGUCGAAGUUCAGCCUAUUGUCGCCACAAGCUUCUUUUAUAUAUGCGCUCCGUCUGCGCGGAGGCUCUCAGUCAGCUCCGCAGGAGGGCUUCCACAAGCUCCAGAGGAGGCUCAGCGGCGCUGCUGUCAGUGUUGCCCCGUGGGGCUCGGAUGCGCGCGGGGCUGCUGGGCUCUCCAGCAUUCACACUUUGGAUGGGACUCGGAGGAGUGGGGAGAAGUUCUCCGUUUUUACCGCGCAGCCGAAACUCCCCGGCCAUGCCACAAUGCUGGUGAUUCCUCUGCUGGUGUUGGUGAGCCUGCUGGACCCCGUCCGGCCCCGGGCGCGCUGCUCCGCGGGCCAGACCUGCGACCCCCGGCAGCGGAGGGAUGCCGGGGGCCGCGGAGGAGUGUAUGAGCACCUCGGAGGAGCGCCGAGGCGCAGGAAGCUCUACUGCGCCACCAAAUACCACCUCCAGAUCCACCCCAACGGGAAGAUAGACGGCACCCUGGAGGAGCACAACCCGCUCAGCAUCAUGGAGAUCACUGCAGUGGAGGUGGGCGUCGUGGCCAUCAAAGGUCUUUUCUCUGGCAGAUACCUGGCCAUGAAUGAAAAAGGGAGGCUGUACGCUUCGGAAGAGUUUAACAAGGAGUGUGAAUUUGUGGAGCGCAUCCUUGAGUUGGGCUACAACACCUAUGCAUCUCGCUACCACUCCACAGAGCUGCCUCAGCCAGCAGGAGGGGGCAGCAAACGGCGGGCCAGCACCCAAAAGCUGUGGUAUGUUUCCAUCAAUGGUAAAGGGCGGCCACGGCGAGGCUUUAAAACUCGUAGCACUGACAAAGCCUCUCUCUUCCUGCCUCGCUUGCUGGGCAACAAGGACCAUGAGAUGGUGAGGAGGCUGAGGGACAGUCGUGCUUCACACCAACACUCACAUCACAGCAGCCACCGUGGUGAGCGGCGGAGGCGCCGGCAUCGAGUUAGGAAGGGCCAAGAUCAACAGCCGGAGGACUCGGCAGACUUUUAGAGGAUGUUUGACCUCGGGGUCUUCAGUGAUCUGGACACAUAAUGGAGGAUGUGGGAUCAAAAUCCGGAUUGUUCCUUCUGGAUUGCUGGAGUUGUUGAUGCACAGACUGAAAGGAAAACUCUGAGACCACCAAAGCUUUACAAACGUCAUCUUCUGGAGACUCCAUCAUUCCACCAACAGCGCUCUAUAACCCUGUUCACUCGACUAACAUGUUACUCUCCUGUAAACAAAUGUACAAAACACCUUUUCUUUUAUUUCAAAAAGUUUUGAUCAAACUGAGAAAGGGCCUCUGGAGAGCAGAUCUGUUUUAGUCUUCAGGAGCAGCAGCCCCACAGCAAAAGAACAAAAGCGGAUUUGACUUUUAGAAACAAACGCUAACAAACAUGACAGUUCCUGAAGAGGGUCCCUGUGGCAAAGCACCUUGUUUAGUGUUCUUUUUUAGUUCAAUUCACAUUAACAAACAGGAACCGCUGUCUGUUUUGUGACAGUCCUACGUUGUGAUAGUCUACUGUCUGUAAACUGAGAGAAAUACGUUGUAUAUUGUACUAAUGAUAUGAAUAUUUAUUUGGUGCCUAUCUUGUAAGUUAUUGACAAUGCAUUUACUGAGGUUGCCCUUUUUUAAAAAAGUUUUUACUCACUGCUGGUUCCAUCAUAAAUUGUA